ACAAGCAACUAGAUAAGGAGUUGAAUAUGACCACACCAUCCCCACGAUCAACAUCCUCCCAAGCAUCAACCACUCGUACCUAUGUUGUUACCGACAAGGAUCGUGAGAAGGUAACAUCUACUUGGAUGCGUGUUAUGAGAAAAAAAAGCUAUGGGAAUGCAAAAGAAGGGUGGUACCAUCUCCAUAACUAUCCCGGAAAGCGUGUUUCUUAACGAAAAUGGGUUGGAUGUUUCACUUGACUUUGAAGACUUGCUUGAUUGGUGUUUCCAAAGGGAGGUCGAAGAAUCGCAAAUGAAGGUCUUCAUGAAGCACCUAAAAGAACGUUGUCAAAAAGAAGGUGUCUCAGGAAUGUAUGGGUUCUGUGACUGUAAUGUUCUUUCACCAUUGACACCGACAACGGAUGAGCAAGUUCGAUCUGACUACUUAGCCCAUGUUUUUGGAACCAAUAAGGGGAAAAAUGUUAAUCAAUUAUUCUUUGCUCCUUAUAAUGACAAGUUUAGUUUCUUUUUAUUUUUUUUUUAUAGAUCUGAGUUAUGUUAAAUCCUCAAAUUUUAAUUAAUCCCAUUACUAUGUAUUUAUUUUACAAUAUAUCUAGUUUGCAUUGGACGUUAGCGGGGAUUAGUCCAUGGAAUGAGUUGGUGUAUUGGUUAGAUCCACUUGGAGCAGAAAACGAAAUCAACUCAUUUGCACAAAAAAUCAUCAAUGAGGGAAUAGUUAAAUUCAGCAUGAAGCAUCGAAAAGAUAUCAAGAAAAUAAAAAAGAAUCCAAAAAUAGGGUGGAAGCAACCACGUUGUCCUCUACAAUCUGCAUACACAAAGCAAUGUGGUUUCUUUGUAUGUCGCUAUAUGCUGGACAUUAUACAGAACAGGGUAUUAUGGAUUUCUGAGCAGAUUUUUCCCAAAGAUCCUUGCACAUAUUCUUCAGAAGAAAUUGACGAGAUUAGACACUUAUGGAUUCAAUAUGUUCUUGAUCAUGAGGAGCCGGAAGAACCUUAGUGAUUGGUGAUUACAACAUGAUACUGUUAGUCUUGAUACUUGAAAAAUCUCUACAUUUUGUAUUUUGAUACAUAGGCAAUUAGCUAUUACUGUGUACAUAUAUUAGUACUGUGUUGGAUAUAUAUAGUUUGAUGCAUAUAUAUAUAGGAAAUUCAAGUUUAUAACAGGGAUAAACUUGAGUUGUUUAUCUCAGGGUAUAAAAGUAAUUUUCUUCCAGUAAGU